CCGCAUUGUGCAUUUAAAUUGCAAGUAGUUAUGCAUUAUCUCUUACAUAUAAUAUGUGUUUCUCUAGAUUGGAAAUGGUUGUUUUCAACUGAUUGACAGAAUUGCAGAGUCAAAGGGAAAGGACAUUCAUAUUGUUGACCUGUAUACCGUACCAACAUGGCUACCCCCAAUGAGCUGUGAUCCAAUGUUAAGUCUGCCUGAUGAUGCUCACUUAAAAGAAGCGGUGGUGAUUCCAAUAUGGACACCAGGACACUACCAGCUGUGUCUGGACAUGGCAGAGCUGAGGAAAUGGUGGUGCGUCAUGUUAAUGGAGAACUUCAGACUGGAACAACAUGGAAAAUUGUUUGCCCACUAUGCUGAGGAGUCCAAAGCCUUCCUUAGAGGUGAGCAGCAGCCUGUAUUUAGGUUGCGAAAAAGGAGGUUUGAAGAAAUCUCUCAGGAAGAGCCUUUCCACGUACAGGUAGAUGAAACUGAUCUUUUCACCCCUGAAUUUGCAUCAAAGAAGCAGGUGGUUCAGUCUCCACGAAAAGUGCGUGUCAUGACGGAUCUUAAAACUGCCAGUCAGUGGUGCAUAGAGAACUCUAGGGAUCUUCUCGGAUCAGUUCAGCUUCCUGGUAUACUGUGCAUGGAGGAUGAAGAAGCUGCUGAGGCCUUGGAACCAUUGUUCUGUGACGAGUUCAGCAAGGACGAUCUUGUAGAGCCACUGACAUUUGUUUUUGAAUUUAUGCAAGACAUGCAUGCAUUUUUAGAUAAUGUGGUGGACAAAAUGCAUCUGCAAAUUUUUUGUCGAACACAAAAUUGA